CUGCAACGGCAAAAACGCACAUUGCUGCUAUCUGUCAUAGCAGCAGCUUCAGCUAGUUUCCCGUUCUAAGGCAUCACCCGCUGUACACAAAUAUUGCCAGAUGAAAUUAUACUGCGUCGAGUACUUUCAGUGUUUGGGUUGCUUUUUCACCAGAGUGAAGAGAAAUUAAAAGAGGAUCAACUUCAAUACCCCUUGGGAAGAAACUGACUGGAAGAGGAACAUUUUAAGCUAAGGUUCGCACCCAUGAGAGAGAAAGCUGAGCUCCGCCCCUGCGUAGGAGUCAUCCUGAUCAGCAACACAACCAGGAGAAUUUCAGCCAGGGACAGCAUAGUCCAACAUGGGUUUUCUAAUCUCUACAAAAGAAGGGAGAAAUCAAUGGUGUCAAAAGCAGCACUAAGGUCUGGAAGCUAAAGGAUGGAUGCAAGACCUUUGUACGAUGCCAUUAAAAGGUCUCAGCUCGGAUUGAAUGACCCCAAUGUUACAGACCAUGAUUCCUUUUUCCGUCUGAGCAGAACACACAAUGCAAAGGUGCCAGCGCACUGUAAUGUACCCACUCUAAGGGAAGCCUUGCUGGGAAAAUCUAUUCGGUCAUCCUGUAAAAUGAUGCCAAAGCAGCAGCUGACCCGCACAUCCCCUGGGAGUGUGUGUUCCCUCCGGAGUACCAGCAUCCCAGGAUCCCCAUCCGUGUCCAUUACAGCCAAAAUGGACAAUCAGGUCAUUGGCUACAAGGAUUUGGCAGCCAUCCCCAAAGACAAGGCCAUUCUAGACAUUGAGAGGCCGGACUUAAUGAUAUACGAACCCCAUUUUAAUUACACGCCAUUAGAACUGUCGGAGCUCCCCCGAAGCAGAGAGAGGUCCAUGUCUCCGCAUUCCAUCUCCCCUCCACCCUCUCCUGAGACCAUUCUCUCCAAAGAUCCGAGGGAGUGGCUGGAGAGCAGGGCGUCCCCUAUAGGGUCAUCGCCAGGUUCAACCCUCCGACUCAAAACCAGCUUUGCCUCCAUUACUAAACUUCCCACACAGCACUUUCACAGGCCAGAUAAUGGAAUGAAUAUAUACAAGAAGCCACCAAUUUACAAACAAGAUGUGACAGCAUCCAUCCCCCAGGGAAAACACAUUGAGGACCUUAUCAUUGAGUCAUCUAAAUUUCCUGCUGCCCAGCCACCUGAUCCCAACCAACCCUCCAAGAUUGAAACAGAGUACUGGCCCUGCCCCCCAUCCCUGGCUGCAGUCGAGUCAGAGUGGAGAAAGAAAGCUGAGUCCCAGAAGAGGGAGCAAGGCAAGAAGGAUGAGGACGAUGAAGACUACGACGAUGGAGAUCUAUCUGACGAUAUGUGGAAGCUACGUCAACUGCAGAAACAGGAGCUCAGCAAAAUUCAGUCAAACUUGGGUAAGAUCAUCUUGAAAGAGGAGCUGGAUAAAGCCGUGCCCAUUCGCAGGAAAACGCGCUCGCUGCCGGACCAGACACCAAUUCACAUGGGUUCAUCCUCCAAUGCCUCCAAAAACAUACAUUUCCCAGCAACAUUUCCCAACAGUCUGACCAGACUCCAGUCUGCUGAAUUUGCCCAGUCUGACAAGGACCAAGGAGCACCUGACCUCCAGAACGGAGAUCCUCCGGGAAGAAGAAUGGAUCGGGGAAGAUCAAUGCCCAGUAGGCUGAACGAGAAGCUACAAAACUAUCAAAAUACAGAACGCAUUCAUUCAAGAAGGACUACUAUAUAUCCAUAUGAAAUGCUCAUAGUGACCAACAGAGGAAGGAGGAGACCACUGCCAGGAGUGGACAGAACAAGACUGGAGGUUAGGAGACACCUGUCCACCGAGGAUUUCCAGAAUCUAUUCGGGAUGACCAUUGAGGAAUUUGAUUGCCUCUCCCUCUGGAAGCAGAAUGACUUAAAGAAGAGGGUUUCCCUUUUUUAGCAUAAGGGGACCUACCUAAUCGUCACAAGCCAGUGCACUUCCUUGGGAAAUUUGACUAACAUCAACUCUAAAGUCCAAUGCAACAACCAAGAAAGACUUAAGCAAUUAUCGCCUAGUAUAUCAGCCAUAUCGGAUCCUUCAAUUUCCCAUUCCAUAUACCAACUCUGUAAAGGGUCAGAGCUUUCAUAUACUCUGGUUGUUGCCACAGUGUAGAGGAGGCUUGGCAUAGGUAGAGUUUAUGAAAUAUUUUAUUUAGGUUCAAACAACUGACUCUCCAACAGAGUUUGAUUGGACUGGCCAUGGCUAAACCUACUCUAAGCUAACUUAGGCUAUUGUAGAUAGUGUAAAUCAGAGUUGCCGAUGGUUAAUUUAACUUCACACUUCUCAGUCACUAGACAACUGCCAGAAGUAAAGCCAUAGCAAUGUAAUCAUUAAACAACCAAAAUACACAAAAUGUUUGUAGAACAGAAGCAUUAGAUCAGUGUUCCUUAACCCUGCUCCUGGGCACCCCCCUGCCCUGCAUGUUUUAGAUCUCUUCCUGCUCUGUCACACCU